AUGAAUGGAGUAGUAGGAAACACAGGUGUUGGAGUAGGGGUGAUAGGAGGAGUUGGAGGUGGAGCAAAUGGUGGGGGAGUGGGGAGCUCUAGCAGUAGCAGCAGUAGUGAUAUUAAAGUUGGCGUAGGAAUGGGAGGAGGCCCAGCCAAUGGGGCAUAUGCUUGUGGGAUGAACUCGGCGGUAGCAAUAGGGGCAAGACCCCAUGCUAUCACCAACCAUGGACUUCUCUUGUCGAUAGCACACAAAGUGGGAGCAAUAUUGAAGAGUGAAGCAGAGUCGGAGAUAUUUGUCGUAGGGUAUACAAUGUUGGCACAGGAUGAUGCGCCAAUAAUCCCUGAGGUGUUGCAGAACUUGAGUAAGUUUUUGCAGUUCCAUGAAAUUGACCGCAUUCCUGACUUCAAACUCUGCUUGAUCUAUUCGAUAUUAUCGAUUGGGCAUAUGACCGUCGGGAACACGGCCCACUGCAUUGCAAACUUCCAACAUUCGUGGUCGUUGUUGGUGCAAAAGCUCAUUCCUGAUUACAACAACAACAACACCAACCCCAACGACCAGAUCGAGAUCUUAAAUUCGUUAUAUAUCCUUUCCUACAUGCACUUGAAAUAUAACUUAAACCAAUACAAAUCGAUGGAUGUUACGUGUGAUUUGAACUUCAACUACUUGGAUGAUAUUAGUUACAUCAUCAUGUCCAACUUGUCGCUAAACUCGAAUAUUAUCAAUAAGAACAUGAACUUAUUCUGGUGUAUCUACAACUUGUUAUCACUUUAUCAAAUUAACGAUGGUCCUCCCAAGUUCUAUCAACUAUUCCUUCUGAGACCAAUUCUGAAUUUGAGCUUGAUUGACUUUAUGAACAAUAUUUCGCAGGCCGAUACUUCUUCAAAGUUCAUUCAGGAAGUUAUGAUUUCCACUGUAUCUAAUGAAUUGAACUAUUUUAAGCGUACAAACAAAUUACUCAUUUUCAAGCUGACCAGAGCAUUACACAACUCGAUCAUCCUAAUUCACAAGAUUAUUCCUGAAACAUCAAACAUUGAGAUCUAUAAAAUAUUUAAGAAAAACCUUAUCAUAAAGAGCCCUUCCAAGUUCCACGAUAUAUUAAGGUCGUAUAUUUUCAACCCAGUGGAAUCUAUCCACUUCAACCUUUUAUCGGUCCUUUUGAAAGAGUUCAAUCUCAGUUCUGUGCAGUCGUUUAAUUUUAAAGCGUUUAUCAAUAGUAACUUGAAUAAUUCGUUGCAAACCUUUUCGAGUGCCAUGCUUCCAUUUUUUGAAAUCGAGAACAGAGAGAUUAACAAUAACUUAGGAAUCGUAAGCUUCCCGUUGAUCUUUAAUUUACGAUUUGUCAACUUUCAAUCAGUCGACAUUUUGAAACUAGACAACUUAAAUUUUGAAGAUAAGAUGAAUUUAAAUUAUUUAAUUAUAGAAUGGUAUGUUACUUUGGUUAAAUUGUUGAUCAAUUUAUGGAAGAACAACCAUUUGAUAGAUAAUUGUAUCUUACAGUGCUUAUUAUACUUGAUCAACGACAAUAGCUCGGACUUUCAAUUCAAUACAGAGUUUUUCUGGUGCGUGUUCAGGAAGCUCAACUAUUACUUUGAAACUUGGUUAUCGUUUAUAAAAAACCAGUAUUUCCUUGUGAAUUUCAAGAACAACUUGCAUAAGUUUGUAUUGAACUACAUACAAUCUUCGCUUAAUUUGCUGUCAAGUAGCGUAUAUGAGUCCCGCUCGGUGACACGGCCGAAUGAUUUCAUGUUACCCCCUAUUAUGCCUCAUAUUAACCCUCCGAGAACGUCUUUAUAG